GCCUCCGCCCAGCGCGAGCGUCUCCUCCUCCGGUGGCCGGCUUUUGGUGCGCGGCGUUGGCGGCGCCGCUCUCCUUGUCGGGUUGACAAUUUUCAGCACCAGAGAGAGUACAGCCUUUGCUAUUGGGUGCUAGCAUGGACUACUCUAAUGGUUACAUGUGGUCUGACAAUUCAGCUUCUGAAAACUAUAGUUUUGUUGACGGUUCAGCAGAACCAUAUGCAGAAGAAGGAAGCCUACAACCUUCAGGCUAUUUUAUGGGAACGGGAUCAGAUCGCAGUCUCAAAAUCACAGAGCAUGAAAGGAUCCCCACUAUGCUUGCCAAUGGAUGCUUGCCAUACAACACCCAGGCUCAUGCAUUAUCUAGCCAUGUUCUAUCUAAGGAUGAGCUCCCUAACAAUCUUCUGGAGCUUCGACAGUUACAGAACAACAGCAAUCUGCAAGGCAAUUCAAUUCCGCCAAGAGUUCUCCAGUGCAAUUCGACACCUGGAUUAUUUGAUGCAAAACUGGAUACACCUGGUCUUGCAGAACUGCCACAUGCUUUGUCCAGUUCAAUUGAUAGCAAUGGUAGUGAAAUUUCUACUUUUCUUGCUGAUGUGCAUACUGUUUCUUCGGCGCCGACUUUGUGUUCAACAUUCCAAAAUGUUUCCUCCUUCAUGGAACCAGUAAACCUAGAAGCUUUCGGUUUUCAAGGGACACACAAUACUGCUAUGUUGAACAAAACAAGCCAUCCAAAUGGGAGUCCCUCUCUGUUUGAUAAUGCUGCCAUGACAUCACUACAUGAUAGCAAAGAGUUUAUCAAUGGUGGUUCUAUCUCCUCGUUUGGUACUGUCCUGCAAGCUUUAGGAGCUGGUGGGUUGAAGGCUCAACAACAGGAGCAAAAUGUCCGGAAUAUACCUCUCCCUACUUUCACAUCUGGUAGCCGUUUGGCAGUCACCGAUGCACAAGGGCCACCACUCCCUUCAUCAAAGAUACCACCAUUGAUCCAUGACCAUAAAAGUGAGUACCCUAUUAACCAUUCUUCUGAUGUGGAACCCCAAUCAAAUUCAGCUCCUGGAAAUAGUGCUAGUGUGAAGCCACGUACAAGGGCUCGCCGUGGACAAGCAACUGAUCCUCAUAGUAUUGCUGAACGGCUUCGUAGGGAAAAAAUUUCAGAAAGGAUGAAAAAUCUCCAAGACCUUGUCCCAAACUCCAAUAAGGCAGACAAGUCAUCAAUGCUAGAUGAAAUAAUUGAUUAUGUGAAAUUUCUUCAGCUUCAAGUCAAGGUGUUGAGCAUGAGCAGGCUAGGAGCUCCUGGGGCAGUUCUUCCCCUUCUCAGGGAAUCUCAAACCGAGUGCCACAAUAAUCCAUCUCUGUCAGCUUCAACCAUUUCACAAGGACUACCAGAAAUGACAGACUCAGAAGAUAGCUCUGCCUUUGAGCAAGAGGUAGUGAAGCUGAUGGAAACAAGCAUCACCAGCGCAAUGCAGUAUCUUCAGAACAAGGGCCUCUGCCUGAUGCCUAUUGCUCUUGCUUCGGCCAUAUCCAACCAGAAAGGCAUGGCUGCUGCUGCAAUCCCCCCUGAAAAAUGAAAA